GGGAAGUUCAGGAAGGAUAUUUUUUUAAACCAUUGCAACGAAGAAACGAUACUGUGCUGCGGCAGAUGCAAACAUGUAGACCCAGCGCUUGUGAAUCGUCUAGAACUCAGCUGAUCUGUAAACCUUCUCCACCUCUGGUCCUCCUCUCCAAAGACAGAAUGUAUCGAGCUGUUCAACUGGUGAUUGUACUGUUUGUCCCCACUAAAAUCACACGGGGAGUUGAUACUGAGAUUGCUUCGGCCGACGGGGACUCGGUGAUGUUUCCCGGGGUGGGUGCCGAUCGACGCAGGGGUGUGGCGGUGUUCCAGUGGAAGAAGGCCGGCGGGACGGCCGGGAAGGGAAGCGCGAUGAAGCCCGUGCUGCAGUUGCACUCGGGAUCCCGGGAACCAGCUGUGAUCCGGAGUUACGCGGGACGCCUCACUUUCUUCCCACACAACGGGUCGAUGGCAUUCCAUAAUCUCACCCAACAAGAUGCUGGACUCUACCAACUCUACAUCAAUCUGCAGAAGGAUGCCAUCCAAUCUGUCAGGCUGACAGUCAUGGACAGGCUGAGCGAGGUGUCAAUGUGGAGUAACUCCAGCUCUCUGGGUUCUGCCGUCCAGCUCAGCUGCGCUGUGGUUGGGAAUCCUCACGAGUACCAGUGGCGGAAAGAUGGAGGGGACAUAUCCCGACAUCAUCAACUCAUGAACGGGAACAUGAACCUCAUCAUCCCGAGGGCUUCCAGCAUCGACUGUGGGACUUACACCUGCAUCGCGAGCAACCCCGUCAGCUCCGCCCAGAAAAACCUCACCCUGACGAUCUACGGUGUUCCCGCAGAGCAGAUUGUGGUCAUGAUGGUUUGGGCAUCGGGACUGUUGUAUUCUGGUUUGUCUCUUAUUGGCUCGACAUUUCUGUGUGCCUAUAAGUGUGCGCCGAUAACAGAAUCUCGGAAGAUAUUAUUUCACCUCCUGACAUGGCUUUCCAGUUGGAAUACACCAUCUCUUGUCAUCAUCCACAUUGCCCUCCUUCCCUGGAUCGUUAUUAAAGGUACAUUCACUGUAAUAACAGGAUCUUUGUACAUUGUAUCUGCCCUGUUCUUGACCAUGAUCGCACUGAUGACCAUUCCGAAGUUGCAGCAUCCCAGUGUUUUAAACGUUGUCGAGUUGACAGGUUUCAAGAUUUUACUGGAAUUUAGUCAAACCAUUGUGAUCCCAACUUCAAUCAUUGAGUUGAAGGAAACAUUUGGACAGAUGAAUCAAGGUUGCCACAGCCGCUAUCUAAGCUGGGGUACAUUCCUGGCAGUAACCGCUGUAGGAGCGAUGGUCUUCUCACUCUACAUUGUGGCACGACAUCGUAAGUAUCCAUCCCAUCAAAGCAUUCAGUGGUUCAAGAGGCAAGAACGUUUUAUUGCCAUAUAUCCCUAG